UCUCCUACAGUGGGCUCCAGCGAGGAUGCGAAUAUGAGCUCUGACACCGGUCAGCAGACCAGCAAGGAGCCCCUCUCAUUUCUACCUCCCCUUCUUCAUCUUCACUCAUCUUCGCCUUCACCAGUCUGCCCUCCAUCAGAUCAGGCCUACCUGCAAGCAGCAGCCAUUUUCCAGCAGCUGCGAUCAGAGAAGAGAGCCACACAACAGCCUCUGCAUUACGGGAAGAAGGCAGACUCGUGGCAGCCAGAGAGCGGGGACAAAACCACGCAGAGACAGGCCUUCCAGCUCGCCUUCAGCACACUCAAAUACCAAGAUUUACUGGAGGACAUCAUUGCCGACAGCUGCUUCCACACGUCUCAGCAUAUUUCCAGAGACUUGUUGCCGUUGGCGAUGGUGAUGCUGUUUGACUUCCAGGACCGGAGGUUUUUAUUGCGCGAACGUGCAUCAAAGGAGCCUCUCCAGGAGGUCAGGGACCUGGAGAGCAGUCUGCAGAGGUGUAAGACCAAGCUGGCAGCAUCUCUGGCUCGUUGCAGAGUGAAACAGAACCUGCAGAGCGUCUCCUGCUUUCUGGCUCAUCAUGUCAGGACCAAACAGCACAGGGCCAAACGUCUGCCACUUUACGCAUGGGUCAAUACUCUCAGGAGCAGCGUUGAGGAGGUGUGUGAGGCGUUACGAAGCGCCGGCCUGUGUGAGGUGGAGAGCCUGACUGACCUCCAGGAGGCGACGUUCUGCAGAGACCCUCUCUGCCCAGACACGCUGGUCUUCUCCCAGCAGCUUCAAGCUCUGCUCCAACACAGCAGCCUCACACAUGCACUCAACACGCAGGACAGGAGUGUGUGCGUGGCCGUGAGCGUGUUACGCCCCCUGCUGUUUGAAAACGGUGACGUCCUGGUGGCGGGCUCUUUCUCUGCGGUGACUGUGGCCCACGUGGCCGUGGUGGCCGCGGCCCGCUCUGGCCGGGUGCUGGUGUGCGGCGCUGAUCGCACGCCUUUACAGACGGCAGAGAUGCAAGAACUACUCACACAGAUGGACGUCAAAAAUGUGCGAGUCCUGCCAGAGGCGUUCUGCGGUCUGAAUGAGUCGGACGCCGCCGUCCAGCAUUUAAAGGUCAUCAUGGUGCUGCCUCGGUGUUCGUCCUCCGCCCUCAAUGACCCUGUGCCCACCAUCCACAGUGAACAUGGAGACUGGGAUCUCCUGCCAGACUUGUCUCACGGUUCUGUAUCCCAGAGCAAAAUACACACAAUGGCCACCCAGCAGGGACGGCUGCUAGCACACGCUCUCUCCUUCCCAAAGGUUCAGACUGUGGUCUACUGCACACGCUCAGUGUAUCCUGAGGAAAAUGAAGAGCUGGUGAAAAGAGUGUUGGAGAAAACACACACUCACCCCAAACUGCUGCCUUUCAGGGUGAACGGGCCCAUUUUCCCCGAUGACGCCCAGUCAGGAGACACAACCGACUCCAAGUUCUUCAGACUCCAAACAUCUCAGCUCACCAACGGCUGCUUCGUCGCUCGGCUGUCCCGACAGACGGAUCCCACAAAGGUAGAAACAGUCCAGGAUGUGCUGGCAAGGGCAGCAGCGAAGGGCCUCCUGGGUGGAAUAAUUCCUGAGCAAGCAAAACCUGGAAAAAAGGGGAAAAGCAGGAAAAACGGAGCCGGUUCAGCCAGCAGCAAACCUUCAUCCCCCUCCAGGCAGGACAGGCAGCCGGGACGGGAGCCUGUGGAUGACGAUCCAGUCGCACCUUUAGAACAUGAGGAGAAAGGUGAAUGCCACGAGGAGGAAGAGAAGGGAGGAAAGGCGAGGAGGGGGCUGAAAGGGUCUAAGCGAAAGGUCAAACGACGACAGAAACCCAACAAGGCUGUCUCCAAGCAUCCCCCUAAAAACCACAGGAAGAAAUCGACAAAGAGGAAAGUCAACCAAUCACAUCACAAGAGGCGCCUGACAAAAAGCAAACCAAGAAGAAUACCUCGUCUUACGCUCACGCUGAUGUCCUCUGCGAAACCCCCAAACCACUUGUCUCCCAUCACAGCCCUCGCACACAAGCUGAGCGACAAUCCAGCGAUUAAAUCCCGGCAGACCGUCCUUUCCCCAGCCCGUCCUGCUCCGCUGACGCCACGCGCAGGAUCCGAGCAGGGGCGGAGACACAACCCAGAGCCUGAAAGGGCAGGGGGAACGCCGAAGGAUGCCGUGAGACCAGAAACCCAGUUUAAGGCCAGAGGAAAGCUGGUCAGAGGGAAGACAGAGCUGGAGACGCAGGGGAAGUCGAAGCCGGACGAUUUUGUCCUGCCGCCCAUUCCUUUCCCCUCCCCCAGCUCUCUGAGCAGCAGGAGUGGCAGCUCGGUCUCUCAGCGUCCGUCCCGGGCCUCCAGCUCUCAGCUCGCCCCAAUAUCUGCAUCCUCCUCCUCAGUCUCUCUGCCUGGACUGUAG